AUGUUGGGUGGACUAACCCCUCCUACCCCAAUUUGGGGCAACCCGGACGCAAAGAGGCUUUAUGACGACCUACUCUCCAAUUACAAUCGCCUCAUCCGACCCGUGGGCAACAACUCCGAUCGACUUACCGUCAAAAUGGGACUUAGACUCUCACAACUGAUCGAUGUGAACUUGAAGAAUCAAAUCAUGACCACAAACGUUUGGGUUGAACAGGAAUGGAACGACUACAAACUGAAAUGGAAUCCCGACGAUUAUGGUGGUGUUGAAACUCUUCAUGUUCCUUCGGAACACAUAUGGCUUCCAGAUAUCGUCCUUUAUAAUAAUGCCGACGGAAACUACGAAGUAACGAUAAUGACCAAAGCGAUUCUUCACCACACGGGAACAGUUGUAUGGAAGCCUCCUGCCAUCUAUAAAUCAUUCUGCGAAAUUGACGUCGAGUACUUUCCCUUCGAUGAACAAACCUGUUUUAUGAAAUUCGGCUCGUGGACUUAUGACGGAUACAUGGUUGACCUGAGGCAUCUUCAGCAAGUCCAGGACUCUAAUAAGAUUGACGUCGGAAUUGACCUACAGGAUUAUUACAUAUCAGUAGAAUGGGACAUCAUGAAGGUACCAGCAGUACGAAACGAAAAGUACUACAGUUGUUGUGAAGAACCCUAUCCCGACAUAAUUUUCUAUAUCACCUUAAGAAGAAAAACCCUCUUUUACACUGUAAAUUUAAUUAUACCCUGUGUGGGGAUUUCCUUUCUCUCUAUUCUGGUAUUUUACUUACCAUCAGAUUCAGGAGAGAAAGUAUCCUUAUCCAUUUCUAUUUUGUUGUCCCUCACUGUGUUCUUUCUGCUACUGGUGGAGAUUAUUCCUCCGACUUCCAUAACAGUGCCUCUGCUAGGUAAAAAAUACUUGCUCUUCACAAUGUUGUUGUGUACCCUGUCAGUAGUUGUCACCAUAGCUGUCCUGAAUGUAAAUUUUCGAUCGCCGGUUACACACAAGCUAGCACCAUGGGUAAAAGUUUUCUUUAUUGAAUUUUUACCGAAAUUCCUUUUCAUCGAACGUCCUCGGAAAGAAGACGAUGACAAAAGUCAAGAUAGUAUGUUGACCGACGUCAUCCAAGUUCCGAUGAUUGAUAAUUGCAAACCUUACGAAAAAACCUCGUUCGACAGUUUCGAUUUAGGUCUUCCACCCCCUAGGUUUGAAGUACCUCACAGUGGGGGCUUGGGUUCUUGUUUUGGAGAACCUCCCUUUCCAUUACCUCUUACCGGAGGUGAUGAAGAUCUGUACAGUCCUGCUAGUUGCAGGACGAAUACCUUUGAUGGUACCAGCGAUAUAAGUCCAUCGUUUGACAAGCUGGAUAGCCAUGAUAUGGAAAAAACAAUUGCCGAUUCCAGAUUCAUUGCUCAACAUGUUAGGAAUAAGGAUUCUUUUGAAAGUGUUGCAGAAGAUUGGAAAUAUGUGGCAAUGGUGCUCGACAGACUUUUCUUGUGGAUUUUUACGUUGGCUUGCAUCGUUGGAACCGGCAUAAUAAUCUUCAAUGCUCCAUCUUUGUACGAUACCACGAAACCAAUCGACGUACUUAUUUCUAAAGUGGCGAAAAAGAAAAUGGCGUUACUUAAAAUGGUUCCUGAGGAACUUUAA